AUGGCGUCGCGACAGAUCGGCAAAGUUGCGCUGAAGAAUUCUGCUUUGUUUAUUUGUGACCUACAAGAGAAAUUCAGCAACACGGUGAAGUAUUUCCCGCAAAUAACCGCAGUGGCAGGACGUCUGCUGGCUGCGGCCGAGGCCUUGCACAUGCCCGUCAUCGUCACAGAACAGUACCCGAAAGGUCUGGGACAUACAGUGCCACUGUUGAACGUUAUUCAUCAUAAAGUCUUUCCAAAGACUGCAUUUUCAAUGUUGGUGCCUGAUGUGCAGGAAGAGUUAGAGAAACAUAAAGAUAUCAAGUCUGUGGUGCUCUGUGGGAUAGAGACUCAUGUUUGUAUCCAGCAGACAGUCCUUGACCUUCUUGAGAAUGAUUAUGAUGUCCAUGUUGUGGUCGAUGCUUGUUCCAGCCGCAGUCAGGUUGACAGAAUGUAUGGAUUUCAGCGAAUACAGCAGGCUGGGGCACACUUAACAACUUGUGAGAGCAUUAUUCUGGGACUUGUGCAGGAUUCUUCUAAUCCAAGGUUUAAAAGUAUUAAGAAACUCAUCUAUGAUGUUGCACCAGAUAGCGGAUUGGUGCCUGGAGUAGCUGAGAGCACAGUUUAA